ACAUUGUACCGAUAUCAAGCCUAUAUCAGUCAUAAUCAUAACUUUUUGAAAAUAAAGAGGUUAUGUAAUUAUGUAAUAAUUGUACAGCAAAGUUGUUAUUGUUUUAUUAUUUAGAAUUCUGCUGUGAAAUUCAUUGUAUAAAUAGAUAUUUUUGCAAAAUAAUACCUUUGCUAACUCAUCGACUUAAAAAAUAAUUAAAUCAUGAACGUGUGUAGAUUUCUUCUUUUAUUUCUAUCGAUAUUGGAACGCAGCUAUUGCCAAAAGCGCGAUAUUUGUUUUGAUGUGUUUAUGCGUUGCUAGGAACUUUUUAUUAUUAUUGAUUUUUGAUUAUUUAUUGCUGUUUUGAAGAUUUCAACUGUGUUUGUGGGUGUUUAAAAAGUGUUCCAACUAUUUGUUACUGGCCGUGUAUUGUAGACAUAGUAGAUAGAGGAUCUUUCAAAAUUCCUGUGAGAUAAAAAACAAAUAAUUUUGUCAUUGCAAGAUUUGCAAGUUGUUUGUUGUGUUAUUUUCGAAGAUUUAGUUUUUUCUAUUCAUCCUUAGUGGCAAGCAAUUUUGUAACGAGAUAGCAAAUACCUACACUGCAAAAUUAUAAAACAUCUAACAAAAUACAACAUAUUUAGGUACGCCGAAUUCUCGCACGCUUGCCCACACAAUGGCACGCAGGGAGUCACAAGUAGAAGUGAGCGGUUACAUUGACGCACAGUACUCCUCGGGCGAUUCUAACAGAAAUUCCAAAUAUCAGGAGGAAAACAACAACGAGGUCGAUGAACUGUCCAAAUGCGUGACUGACGUAUCACUCGAAGACAUGGGAUGCAUCGUGGACGCAGUGAAAAGACCGCCAAAUAUCUGCGUCGAAAAUUGUGUGUAUGAAUCAUCGGAUGAUGAAAACGCGAAAGACGAUUCAAAGAAUGAAGACAAGGAAGACGCGUAUUCUGAUGAGGAAUUCGAGGAAGACAAGUCAGAUGAAGAAGAGUCAGUGAAAACAGAGACACAUCAAACAGUCAGUGAGAGUCCUAGCAAAUGUUUAAGUCAGUCGACAAAGUUAUCGAAAAGUCAGUCUUCCGUGUUCAGUAGGGCGCCGGGGUCGAUAUCUGGCAGAACAGAUUAUGGAUCCGUAUCAGUCCCGUCAACCCGCCGAGUCAACAUGUCUUUCACCAACGAGAGGCUGCGGGAGAUCGAGCGUCACAACCACAUCCUCCUCACAAAGAUCCUCAGCGCGAGGAAUCAGAGGAAAUCUUCCAUUCCCCCGAGGGAUACGCCGCAGAGGAAGCCCACGCCGCCCGCGGCGCUCAUGAGAAAAAAGCAGCAGAAACAAAUUGAUCACGAUAACAUGAUCCUGCUAAAAAAAAUCCAGCGCGCCAAAUCGUCUUCGUGCAGCUUCCGCCGUUGAUACAGAGAUGGCGCUCGUGUCGCGGGCGCUGCUCACUGCCUUUGUACCUGUUUACCUUUAUAUAAUAUUAAUAAAUUUAUU